GCAUCAACAUGCAUUGCUGUCCAGGCUUUCCCCCCUUCUAUAUAAACCUUCUCAAACCUCUUCAAACUCCAGAAAUCAUCACACUACAGUUUCACUUGAUUAUUCCUGACAGUAAAGAUGAUUCAAAUAAUCUUCCUCUUCUCCCUUCUCUUUCUUUCCGAAGCAGCCGUCCAGGACUUCUGCGUCGGGGACCUAACAGGCCCCGAAAGCCCUGCAGGAUACUCCUGCAAGAAGGCCGCGACCGUCACAGUCGAUGACUUCGUGUAUUCAGGCCUCAAGAUGGCUGGAAACACCACAAACAUCAUCAGUGCAGCCGUGACCCCUGCAUUUUCCACUCAGUUUCCUGGUGUAAACGGCCUUGGAAUCUCCAUGGCACGACUAGACCUUGCUCCUAACGGUGUCAUACCAAUGCACACUCAUCCUGGUGCAUCCGAAGUCCUGGUUGUCGUUCAAGGCGCCAUCCUUGCGGGCUUCAUUUCUUCGGCUAACGACGUUUAUGUGAAGAAACUCAAUAAAGGUGACAUUAUGGUCUUUCCUCAAGGCCUGUUACAUUUUCAGAUCAAUGCUCGUGGGAUACCGUCCAUUGCUUUUGUAAGCUUCAGUAGUCCGGUUCCUGGCCUCCAAAUCCUCGAUUUCGCGUUGUUUGCCAACAACUUGCCUUCGGCGCUGGUUGAGAAAACCACAUUCCUGGAUGAUGCUACCGUGAAGGCGCUUAAGGGUGUUCUUGGUGGAACCGGCUGAUUAGUUUGAGAAUUUGAAAACCAAGAAUUUGUUUUGUCUGUUUUCAGCUAUAGUAAUUAGUAUUACUUUUUGUUGUCAACCAGUUAGUUCCCUGAGCUCAAUGGUUAGUAGUGUCUUGUAUACCUUUGUAAUAAUCUUGUGAUUUAUAUUCAAUUUUUAUUUCAUGGCU